AAACCAACAAGAAAAGCUCCCAAUCUUUGUGGGCUUUAUUUUGGUUCUGUGUCCAACCUUGGCUCUCCACUCCUCCCAAUCUCUCUCUCGUUUACCCUAACACACAUGCUUGUUUCCUACAUAAAGCUCCUCUCUUUCCGCUUCUAGUCUCUCCCUCAAACCUCCCUUCUCUCUCUUCCCCACCCUCUCUCUCUCUCUCUGUUUGUAUCUAUAUACCACACUCAACACUUUGUCUAUAAGCUCUCUCUCCUUGGGUCUGUUGUAGAACAAUCAAAAUGCCAUCUUUGAUGAAACCCAGGCUCUAAUUUGAUGAGAUUUUACUGGGUUUCACAGGGCAUCUUGAGGUGCUCCAAUGGCAGACAGCUUUGACUGUGCCACUUCAAACCUUCUUUGUGCUGAAAACUCCUUUGAUGAGGUUGAUUUUAAUGCCUUAGAUGAUUUUGGGCUCUCCCCUUUAAUGCCUCAUAAAAACAAUGCUUCGCAGAAUCAAGACCCCAAAUUUAAUCAUAAUAGAUCCAAAUCUAUGGUAGAUUUUCCAUUACAGAGUGAAGAUAGGAUUAGUGAAAUGGUCAAGAGGGAAAGUGAGCAUUUGCCUAGUGAUGAUUACCUCAAGAGACUGCGCAGUGGGGACUUGAACUUGAGCAGUAGAAGAGAGGCCCUUGAUUGGAUUUUGAAGGCUCGUGCACAUUACAGUUUUGGACCAUUGAGUGUGUGUCUAUCUAUGAACUACUGGGAUCGCUUCCUUUCCGUUUAUCCAUUGCCUAAAGAUAAAACUUGGGCAGUGCAACUGCUAGCUGUGGCUUGUUUAUCACUGGCCUCCAAAAUGGAGGAGACUAAUGUACCACAGACAGUGGAUUUACAGGUUGGAGAUCCCAAGUAUGUAUUUGAAGCUAAAACUAUAAUGAGAAUGGAGCUUCUUGUGCUUAGCACCCUAAAGUGGAGAAUGCAAGCUUAUACUCCAUGCUCUUUCAUUGAUUACUUCCUCAGCAAGAUCAGUGAUGAUCAACAUGCACCGACAUCAUCCAUCAGUAGAUCAGUGCAACUCAUAUUGAGCAUAAUGAGAGGUAUUGACUUCUUGGAAUUCAGGCCUUCUGAAAUUGCUGCAGCAGUUGCACUUUGUAUUUCAGGAGAAGUAAUGCAAGGAGUGGACAUGGAGAAGGCCAUUUCUUGUUUCAUACAUGUAGAAAAGCGAAGAGUGUUGAAGUGUGUUGAACUGAUCAAAGAUUUGUCAUUGAUCAGUGGCUCUGCUAAUAGAGGAAGCGCUUCAGCUUCAUCCGUGCCCCAAAGUCCGGUUGGGGUGUUGGAUGCUGCGUGCUUGAGCUAUAAAAGUGACGAAUUUACAGUUGGGUCAUGUGCAAAUUCUUCACAUUCUAGUCCAGACAUUAAGAGGAGAAAACCAGACAAUCCAUCUGAAAAGUCAUGAGAUGGGAAUUUUUCUCCUUCACACCCUAGUUCAUUCAGUUUGGUUGAAUGGGAGUUUUGGUGUGUCUUUUGGAGUUUCCCUUUAGUAACACAGAGGAGAGAGAGAGAGAGAGAGAGAGAGAGAGAGCUUUGAUGAAUAAAGUAAUGUAGAGAAAAAAAAUUCCAGGGGUCUCAUGCUUAUAGCAUGAGAGUAAAAUCACCAGCAAUUCAUAACCACAAUACUGAACAGCCAUAGGUCUCUACAGUGGGGGUGAUCAUGGUGCACUACACAGUUUUUUUCUCUUCUGUUGUAGCUUUCAGUUCAAUGAGAAUGAAGCUGAAAGUAUGAGGUGAAAAAAAUAUGUGGAAGUUUUGUCUUUGGUAUUUGCAUUUCAGUGACAAUCUCAUAUGAAUACAGAAAAUUAUAUCAAUGUUUUUCAA